AUGGCUUCUCUCUCCCUGGCUUCAGCACGGGCUAACCAUGUGAUUGUCGCGCAAAAACAAACAGAGCAGAUCCGCACUCCCAUCACCGAUCUUUUCAAGAUCAAGCACCCCAUCUUGCUGGCCGGCAUGAACGUCGCCGCCGGUCCCAAGCUGGCGGCUGCCGUCACCAACGCCGGCGGCAUGGGCGUCAUCGGUGGUGUCGGAUACACUCCAGAGAUGCUCAAGGAGCAGAUUGCCGAGCUCAAGAGCUACCUCAACGACAAGAACGCUCCCUUUGGUGUUGACCUGCUUAUCCCCCAGGUCGGUGGCAAUGCCCGUAAGACCAACUAUGACUACACCAAGGGCAAGCUCAACGAGCUGACCGACAUCAUCAUCGAGGCCGGCGCCAAGCUAUUCGUCUCCGCCGUCGGUGUCCCCCCCAAGGCCAUCGUCGACAAGCUGCACAAGCAUGGCAUCCUGUACAUGAACAUGAUCGGCCACGUCAAGCACGUCCAGAAGUGCAUCGACGUCGGCGUCGACAUCAUCUGCGCCCAGGGCGGCGAGGGCGGUGGCCACACCGGUGACAUCCCCACCACCGUCCUCAUCCCCGCCGUCGUCGAGAUCUGCAACAAGCACAAGUCGCCCCUGACCGGCGGCCCCGUCCAGGUCAUCGCCGCCGGCGGCAUCCACAACGGCCAGCUGCUGGCCGCCUCCCUCAUGAUGGGCGCCGGCGCCGUCUGGGUCGGCACCCGCUUCAUCCUGACCGACGAGGCCGGCGCGCCCAAGUCGCACAAGGAGGCCGUCCGCACCGCCGGCCACGACGACAACGUCCGCACCAUCAUCUUCACCGGCCGCCCCAUGCGCGUCCGCAACAACUCCUACAUCAACGACUGGGAGACCAACCGCCAGCAGGAGAUGAAGGAGCUCGCCGCCAAGGGUGUCAUCCCCUACGAGGCCGACCUCGACAAGGUCCUCAACGGCGGCGAGAAGCCCAAGAUUGAGGGCAUCCAGACCAGCGCCAACGAUGACGACGACGACGACGAUCCUCUUGAGCAGUUCCGCCCCUUCUUGAUGGGCAAGGCUGCCGCCGUUGUCAACGAGCAGAAGCCCGCCAAGGCCGUUGUCGAUGAGUUCAUUACCGAUGCCGUUGCCUGGUUGAAAAAGGGCAACUCAAUGCUGGUUGGCCCUUCAUCCAAGCUGUAA